ACCUGCUGAGGGUGGCGGCGGCGGCCCGCGAGGGAGCGAGGGAGGAGAGUUCACUUUUACUCCAGGUGUCAGCGCUCGGCGCUGAGUACGCGCUGCGCGCGGCGGCAGUAACGGGCGCCGGCGAAGGAGCCUAAGGGGGAGCGAGUCUCCCACCUCCAGGCGCCCAGCGGAGGGCAGCGAGAGGCCGGAUACGAGCGCGCGUCGGCGCGGGGCGCGGAGACGGCGAGUCUGGCCAGCGAGGGGAGCCGCGGGGGUCGCGCCCUGAGCGGGCCCCCAGAACUGCGCAGGAUGCCCCACGAGGAGCUGCCGUCUCUGCCGAGGCCCCGCUAUGGCUCAAUUGUGGAUGAUGAAAGGCUCUCUGCUGAGGAGAUGGAUGAGAGGAGGCGGCAGAACAUUGCUUAUGAAUACUUGUGCCACCUAGAGGAAGCCAAAAGGUGGAUGGAAGUCUGCUUGGUUGAAGAAUUGCCACCGACCACUGAACUGGAAGAAGGGCUCAGGAACGGAGUUUACCUUGCAAAAUUAGCCAAGUUCUUUGCCCCUAAAAUGGUAUCUGAGAAAAAGAUAUAUGAUGCGGAACAAACACGUUAUAAGAAGUCUGGCCUUCAUUUCCGACACACAGAUAAUACCGUCCAGUGGUUAAGAGCGAUGGAGUCUAUUGGUCUACCCAAGAUAUUUUAUCCAGAAACAACAGACGUCUAUGAUCGGAAAAACAUACCGAGAAUGAUAUAUUGCAUUCAUGCGUUGAGUUUAUAUCUGUUCAAACUAGGAAUAGCCCCCCAGAUCCAGGAUUUGUUGGGCAAAGUAGACUUCACAGAAGAGGAAAUCAGUAAUAUGAGAAAGGAACUCGAGAAAUACGGAAUACAGAUGCCCUCUUUCAGCAAAAUAGGAGGUAUUCUAGCCAACGAACUCUCUGUGGAUGAAGCUGCAUUGCAUGCUGCUGUUAUAGCUAUUAAUGAAGCUAUUGAAAAAGGAAUAGCAGAGCAGACCAUUGUAACGCUGAGAAACCCAAAUGCAGUUUUAACUUUAGUGGAUGACAGCCUUGCACAGGAAUAUCAGAAAGAACUCUGGGGAGCCAAAAAGAGAAAAGAGGAAACUUCACGGCUGAAGAAUAACUGUAUUUCAGAAGAAGAAAGAGAUGCUUAUGAAGAACUGCUGACACAAGCAGAAAUCCAAGGAAAUAUCAAUAAAGUCAACAGACUGGCUGCAGUGGACCGCAUCAAUGCUGCGAUUCGGGAAGGUGACCCCGAGAAUACGCUGCUUGUGCUGGAGAAGCCUGAGGCCCAGCUGCCUGCCGUUUAUCCCUGUGCUGCUGCCAUGUAUCAGAACGAACUUUUCAACCUCCAGAAGCAGAAUGCCAUGAACUACUUGGUCCACGAGGAACUUUCAAUUGCAGUAGAAAUGUUGUCUGCUGUUGCUUUACUAAACCAGGCCUUGGAAACCAACGAUCUUGUGUCUGUGCAGAAUCAACUCAGAAGCCCAUCAAUGGGCUUCAAUAAUCUGGAUGAGGCAUGUGUGGAACGUUAUGCAAAUACAUUACUCUCCAUUAAAUUAGAAGCCUUAUCCCAAGGGCAAGAUAACUUAACCUGGAAUGAAAUUCAGAAUUGUAUCGAUAUGGUUAAUAGUCAAAUUCAAGAAGAAAACGACCGAGUCAUUGCUGUAACAUACAUCAAUGAAGCUAUUGAUGAAGGGAAUCCUUCGAAGACUCUAGAUUCCUUGCUGUUACCAACAGCAAAGAUUAGAGAUGUGGAUCCAGACUUUGCCCAGCACUACCAGGAUGUUUUACACCAUGCUAAAUCACAGAAACUCAGGGACUCUGACAAUGCAUCUAAAAUUCUUUGGUUGGAUGAGAUCCAGCAAGCAGUGAAUGAGGCCAACAUGGACAAGGACAAAGCAAAAGACUGGAUUACUCUGGUGGUUGAUGUUAAUCAGUAUUUGGAGAAAGAAAACCCAGGUGAUAUUUUGUCUGCAUUGACAUCUCCCAGUUUAAAGGCAAAUGACAUACUUCCUGAAUGUGCCGACAGGUACCAUGAUGCCCUCAUGAAAGCAAAAGAAGACAAACGUGCAAGUGUGUCUAGUGAAGGGUCGUGGCUCAAAUUCGCCCUUCGGGAAAGAUACAAGUACUAUUACAACGUCGAUUCAACGGAGAGUUCCUGGAUCACACCUGAAACAGGCUCACUUAAAGAAUCAUGGCUCCAGGGAAAAGAAAUUGAGGAAAUUAUUGAGGAAACUACGAAAAACUACAUUCGUGACAAGAUGUGGACUGCUUCAGAAGAAACAGUUCUUCGAUUUCAAGCCACAAGUUCAGGAGCCCAACUUAAGCAAGAGUUUGAAACUAGAAAAUCAUUUUUGUAUGACCAAGAAGAGAAUGUGGUCAAAAUACAGGCUUUUUGGAAGGGACGUAAAAAACGGAAAGAGUACAUGAGCAGGCGGCAAACAUUCAUUGAUAACACUCCUUCUAUUGUGAAGAUUCAGUCCUGGUAUCGAAUGGUAGCAGCAAGAAAGAGCUACCUUUCACGACUGCAGUAUUUCAAAGAUCACAAAAAAGAAAUUGUGAAAAUACAGUCGCUAUUGAGAGCAAACAAAGCUAGAGAUGAUUACAAAACAUUGGUUAAUUCCAAAAACCCACCAUUGACAGUAAUCCGCAGAUUUGUACACCUGUUGGAGCAAAGUGACUUAGAUUUCCAGGAGGAGCUGGAAGUAGCACGAUUAAGGGAAGAAGUGGUAACCAAAAUCAGAGCCAAUCUGCAGCUGGAGAAAGACCUGAACCUGAUGGACAUCAAAAUUGGACUCCUGGUGAAGAACAGGAUCACACUACAGGAUGUAAUUUCACACAGCAAAAAGUUGAAUAAGAAAAAAGGAGGAGAAAUGCAAAUAUUGAAUAAUGCUGAAAACCAGGGAAUCAAAAGUUUGAGUAAGGAGAGAAGAAAAACACUAGAAACUUAUCAGCAGCUGUUUUACCUCUUACAGACCGAUCCUUCCUACCUGGCUAAGCUGAUUUUCCAGAUGCCACAGAACAAGUCAACUAAAUUUAUGGAUACUGUUGUUUUCACGCUAUAUAAUUAUGCAUCUACUGAGCGAGAAGAAUAUCUACUCCUCAAACUUUUUAAAACUGCUCUGGAGGAAGAAGUAAAAUCUAAAGUGGACCAGGUACAAGAGAUAGUUACUGGAAACCCUACAAUCAUCAAGAUGGUCGUCAGCUUCAACAGAAGUGCCCGUGGUCAGAACACCCUGCGCCAGCUCCUAGCCCCAGUGGUGAGAGAGAUCAUUGACGACCAUUCCCUCAUCAUCAAUACGAAUCCAGUAGACGUGUACAAGUCUUGGGUGAACCAAUUGGAAACACAGACUGGGGAGGCCAGCAAUCUGCCUUAUGAUGUAACCACAGAACAAGCUCUGACAUACCCGGAAGUGAGAAAUAAACUGGAGGCAUCCAUCAAGAACCUGAGAAGGGUCACUGACAAAGUCCUGAAUUCCAUCAUUUCUUCCCUUGAUCUGCUGCCUUAUGGAUUGAGGUAUAUAGCCAAAGUACUGAAGAAUUCGAUCCAUGAGAAAUUCCCUGAUGCAACAGAAGAUGAGCUAUUAAAGAUUGUUGGAAACCUCUUGUACUAUCGGUACAUGAACCCAGCCAUCGUUGCCCCUGAUGGCUUUGAUAUCAUCGACAUGACAGCUGGGGGCCAGAUAAAUUCUGACCAACGGAGAAACUUGGGCUCAGUGGCCAAGGUUCUUCAGCACGCAGCCUCCAACAAGCUGUUUGAAGGAGAGAAUGAGCAUCUCUCACCUAUGAACAAUUAUUUAUCAAAGACAUAUCAAGAAUUCAGGAGAUAUUUCAAAGAAGCAUGUAAUGUCCCUGAGCCAGAAGAGAAGUUCAAUAUGGACAAAUACACAGACAUGGUGAUGGUCAACAAACCAGUCAUUUAUAUUUCAGUUGAUGAAAUCAUCAGCACGCAUUCACUUCUAUUAGAACACAAGGAUGCAAUUGCACCUGAGAAAAAUGACUCACUGAAUGAAUUGUUGGAGUUGCUGGGAGAGGUACCUACUGUGGAAUCUUUUCUUGGGGAAGGAGUGGUUGACCCCAAUGACCCUAACAAGGAAAACACACUAAGUCGACUCUUAAAAACUGAGAUUUCCCUUUCCUUGACAAGCAAGUAUGACUUAAAGGAUGGUGAGGCUAUAGAUGGACAAAGCCUCAAGAUAAAGACCAAAAAGCUGAUAAUUGAUGUGAUCCGGAGCCAGCCAGGGAGCACGUUGACAGAAAUCUUAGAGAUGCCAGCAACAGCACAACAGGAAAUAAAUCACACCAAAGACAUGCUGAACCGUGAGAUUAUGGAUUCCAAAACUCCAGAAGAAAUGAAGCAUGGCCAAUUUAUGAUUGAAGAUACUAAUUUGCCUCUUGAGCAAAAGAAGAGGAAAAUCCAGAGGAAUCUUCGGACAUUGGAACAAACUGGACACGUGUCAUCCAAAAAUAAAUACCAAGACAUUCUCAAUGAGAUUGCCAAGGAUAUUCGAAAUCAAAGAAUCUAUCGUAAGGUUCGAAAAGAUGAAUUGGCAAAACUUCAGCAGACCCUGAAUGCACUUAACAAGAAGGCGGCAUUUUAUGAGGAACAAAUUAAUUAUUAUGAUACCUACAUAAAGACUUGUUUAGACAACUUACAAAGAAAAAAUACUCGGAGGUCAAUUAAACUAGAAGGAAAGGGAGAACCCAAAGGGCCGAAGAGAGUGAAGCCUGUGAGGUAUACCGCAGCAAAGCUGCAUGAGAAGGGGGUCCUGCUAGACAUCGAAGAACUCCAGACAAACCAGUUUAAAAAUGUUACAUUUGAUAUCAUACCUACUGAAGAUGUGGGCAUCUUUGACAUCACUUCAAAAUUCCUGGGUGUUGAGAUGGAAAAGGUGCAGAUUGAUAUUCAGGAUUUACUUCAAAUGCAAUAUGAAGGAGUAGCUGUAAUGAAAAUGUUUGAUAAGGUUAAGGUCAAUGUAAACCUUCUCAUAUACCUGCUGAACAAGAAAUUCUAUGGAAAAUGAAGUGCCUGAAAGAAUUUCAUGGAUUCUGUAUCACCUGAACUGGGAAAUGCAUUUGUUUAGUAUUUUUGUUUUAAACAUGAUUGAAAUCACUGCUAAUAAACGUGUGAUUUUUUUAAAGACCAAAACUGUUCUGAAGAAUGUACCCAUGUGCCUUUUUGAUAAUUUGAUACUACAGUAGAAUGAUACACAAAAUGAAUUAAGGUAAACACUUCCACAUUGUAUUGUGGUAUAGGUACUCUGAUUUAAAACGUUAGCCACUCUGUGAUCUGUUUUGCUUUUAAAGUAGGGAGAAAUAAAUGUAGUUGACUAGGGACAAAUGUGUAAACCUAUUUUCCUAUGAAAAAUUUUUAAAUGUCCCACUUGAAUAAUGUAAUUCUUCAUAGAUGUUUUUAAUCUGUGGAGCAAUGGAAACUUAAUUAUUUGUAAUAAAUGCUUUAGACAGAUACUUAGUUCCAAGCCCUGUCUUCUAGGAGUUGUCAAUUUUAAAGAGAACUUUUGUGCAAUUCAAAAUGAAGUUUUUAUAAGUAAUUGAAAGUGACAAUAUAAUAACACUUUCUGUAUAAAAGUAUAUAUUUUAUGUGAUUUAUUCCUACUAAAUGAAAGUGCACUACUGUGUCACUUAAGGACUCAUGUACCCAGAGCCUUUAAGUGACCAAGGAACGAUGCAGACAGCCACCAUAGGCUGCCGCCUCCAUCCCUCAUGAUUCAUUUGAAUACUUCAAUUGUGCCUCUCAAUAUUUUGUAAUGCAAUAAAAUUAGUAUCUAGAUGGUUUUUAAAUGUAUUUGUUGGAAAUUGUUUUAUGUAAAAUAAAUGUUACUUAAUUACAUUAA